AUGGGUCACCUUCAUUUUGCCACUGAGAUUAUGACGUUGAAACCUUCGUUUGCUUUAAAGCUAAAUCCGCAAGGAUUCAGCCCCAUCCAUCUCGCUAUGCAAAAUGACCAAAAACAGAUGGUGUAUCGCUUUGUAAAAAUCAACAAAGACCUUGUUAGAGGUAUAGGACGAGACGGCUUAACUCCUCUUCAUUUUGCAAGCCAAAUUGGUGAGGUUGAUCUUUUAGCUCACUUUCUCUUCUCGUGUCCAGAAUCCAUUGAAGAUUGGACUGUGAGGUGCGAGACCCCACUGCAUAUUGCUAUUAAGAAUGAACAAUUUGAGUCCUUUCAAGUGCUUGUUGGGUGGCUCGAAAAAAAUAAACGGAGGGGCGCUAAAGAGCUGAAGAGUAGAAUAUUAAACGAGAGGGAUGAGGCAGGAAACACAAUUUUACACAUUGCAGCACUAAGUAGUGAACCACUGGUAGUGCAGGAGCUUCUAUCAUUGGUAAAGACUAAAAUAAAUUUGCACAAAAAGAAUUUGGAGAAUAAAACAGCAUUGGACAUAGCAAGCAUUCCAGAGAUCAAGAGUAUAUUAUUCAGUGCUGGGUCAAAACCAAGCUUAGAAGUCACAGAUGCUCCCUCACCUGCACAUUGGCUUAGGUCAAAGACCACACUUAUGGAUAAAUUCUUCUCUCAGAACCUUUUUAGUAGAACUAACAUAACAGGGGAGGAACGUAACGCUUGGUUAGUAGUUGCGACUCUUAUUGCAACUACCAUGUACGAAUCAACUCUGAGUCCCCCUGGUGGAGUUUAUCAGAUUAGUGCUGAUGACAAUAAUUUGAACAUCACUUCCUCCAAUUCUACUAUUUCUACCCUAAAAAAUGUUGGGAAAUCUGUCUUGUCUAAAACUGAUUUCACGACGUUUUCAGUUUUGAAUAUGUUUUCCUUUUUCAUGUCAUUUCUAACAAUAAUUAUUAUGACACCAACUCGGGAGCCAGGUUCUGCUGCUAUCAAUUCAAUCAACUUUGAUUGA